UUGAGGGUAUUUGAGUCAUUACAUCACUAACAUUAAAAAACCAACUAGACCUAGUAAUAAGUAAGUGACAGAAUCUUGAACUUUACUCUCUUGUUGUGGGUAGUUCUCACUUCCUAUUCUCACACCUCUCUGUCUCUUUUAGGAUCAAACAGACCCCAAUGAGCAAAUGAAAGAUUAUUGCAGAAGGAGACGACAAGGGAGAAACAUGACAGCCCCAAGAGGAAGAAUCAUUGGAUCAUCAUUCUUUGUUUCUGUAAUGAUGAUGGUGAUGAUGUUUUCAGGGUUGGUUUUAGUGGCAGAAUCAGCAAUAGGGGUGAACUGGGGGACAAUGUCAUUCCACAAGCUGAGGCCAUCAACGGUGGUGGAUCUGUUGAAGGAAAAUAAUAUACAAAAAGUGAAACUUUUUGAAGCCGACCCAUUGGUGUUAAAAGCUUUGAUGGGGAGUGGGAUUCAGGUCAUGGUUGGGAUACCAAAUGAGAUGCUGGCUACACUCAGCUCUUCCCCUGCGGCUGCUGAUUUGUGGAUUCGCCAGAAUAUCUCUACUUAUAUUGGCAAAGGUGGUGCUGAUAUCAGGUAUAUUGCUGUAGGAAAUGAACCCUUCCUUACAAGUUACUCAGGUCAAUUUCAGUCCUAUGUAGUCCCUGCUUUGGUCAAUUUGCAGCAAUCUUUGGCCAGAGCAAAUCUUGCAGGAUACAUAAAGUUAGUGGUCCCUUGUAAUGCCGAUGCCUAUGAAGCUAAUGUUCCUUCCCAAGGGGCAUUUCGACCAGAACUGACUCAAAUUAUAACUCAACUUGUUUCUUUCCUAAACUCAAAUGGUUCCCCAUUUGUUGUCAACAUUUAUCCAUUUCUAAGCCUCUAUGAGAGCUCAGAUUUUCCUCAAGACUAUGCAUUCUUUGAGGGUACUACACAUCCUGUUAUAGACGGUGGCAACACUUACUCCAAUGCGUUUGAUGGAAAUUUUGACACAUUAGUUGCAGCCCUUGGUAAAAUCGGAUAUGGACAGAUGCCCAUAAUUAUUGGGGAGGUAGGUUGGCCUACAGAUGGGGCGGUUGGUGCUAAUCUCACUGCUGCUAGGGUUUUCAACCAAGGCCUCAUUAAUCAUGUCAUAAGUAACGAAGGAACCCCUCUUAGGCCUGGUGUUCCACCCAUGGAUGUCUAUCUUUUUAGUCUGCUUGAUGAAGGGGCUAAGAGCACACUUCCAGGAAGCUUUGAACGUCACUGGGGGAUGUUCUCCUUUGAUGGCCAGGCUAAAUAUGCUCUAAACCUUGGUUUGGGAAACAAAAAGUUAAAGAAUGCCAGGAAUGUUCAGUAUCUCCCUAGUAGAUGGUGUGUUGCAAACCCAUCUAGGGAUCUCUUGGAUGUGGCAAAUCACAUGAAACUCGCUUGUACUGUUGCUGAUUGCACAACACUCAACUACGGGGGAUCAUGUAAUGGCAUUGGAGCAAAGGGAAAUGUCUCAUAUGCAUUCAACAGUUACUAUCAGCUGCAAAUGCAGAAUGAACAAAGUUGUAACUUUGAUGGACUUGGUGUGAUCACUUUUCUAGACCCUUCGGUUGGUGAUUGUAGGUUUCUUGUUGGUGUCACUGAUACCAGUUCAAGUUUUAGACCAUAUCAAAGGUGGGUAAUCAGCUGGCUUUUAAUUUUAUGGCAAUUUUGGGCCUUCAGAAUGUGAAGAAAAGGCAGUUUCUAGGUGGGUUUUUGGCAGUCCCCUCUUAUGAAGCUGAUAGUGUCAACAUAGGUGCAAGAAUACUAGAGUAAUUUAUAUAUGUGCAAGAAUACUAGAGUAAUUUAUAUUUCCAAAUGAUUGCAGAUUAAUGUAGUAUACUAUUGUAUGAUGUAAGAAAAAGUAAACUCUCAUGCGUCAAAUUUAUCUAGUCAUUGUCUUAAUUUUUUAUGUUGGACCACCUUUCUGGAUUUUUAAUAUGCAUGCCUUGCUUAUCCAUAGAUCAUUAUUCCAAUAAAACAGAUCCUGUUUUUGAUGUACUCUAUGGUGUUGUUAAACAAAGUGAUAAGGAAGAAGAAAG